CUCGGGCACCAGGACCGAGGGAGAGGCCCAGAGAGGCAGGAAGACUUGGCGCGGGAGUGCCAGGGAAGAUAAGGAAGCUGAGCCGCCGAGGUGGACGGGAAGGAGGGGGCCAGGGAGCAGGGGGAGCCGACCGGAGCCUGGUGCCUGGUGCCUGGUGCACCCUGCCCUGCCCCCCCAUGCAGUUUCCCAUGGGCCCCGCCUGCAUCUUCUUGAGGAAAGGCAUCGCUGAGAAACAGCGGGAAAGACCCCUGGGACAAGAUGAGAUCGAAGAGCUUCAGGAAGCAUUUCUUGAGUUCGACAAGGACAGAGAUGGGUUCAUCUCCUGUAAGGAUCUGGGGAAUCUCAUGAGGACGAUGGGUUACAUGCCCACGGAGAUGGAGCUGACUGAACUGGGCCAGCAAAUCCGCAUGAACUUGGGUGGCCGUGUGGACUUCGACGAUUUUGUGGAGCUCAUGACUCCCAAACUGCUUGCAGAGACAGCAGGGGUGAUCGGUAUCCAGGAGAUGAGAGAUGCCUUCAAGGAAUUUGACACCAACGGAGAUGGGGAGAUCACCCUCGGGGAGCUGCAGCAGGCCAUGCAGAGGCUUCUGGGAGAGAAGCUCACGCCCCAAGAGAUCUCGGAGGUUGUGCAGGAGGCCGACGUGAACGGAGACGGUACCGUCGACUUCGAAGAGUUUGUGAAGAUGAUGUCUGGCUGAGGAGGUUCUGGAAGCCCCGUUUGCUCCCCACCUGGCCCACGUGGAUCAAGCACUUGC